AUGAUGACAGAAGAAUAUUCACAGGAUAUCUCUAUUCCAAUCACAGAAUCAUCAUCCUCAGCUCCAUAUACACUCAUUUGGUUAGACACAAGUGCCAAAGAUAGAUCAACAACACAAAGUGAACUGAGCAAUAUUGUUAAUAAUGAGCUUCUUACGUUUGACAAUGCAGUUGAAUGCCAAGAAUAUAUUCAACACAUGGUUAAUAAAGUUGUUUUAAUCGUAUCAGGAAGUAUGGGAAAACAAUUAGUUCCUCCAAUACAUGAUUGUUCGCAAUUAUUAGCCAUCUAUAUAUUUUGCGGUGACAAAGAAUUUCAUAUGCAAUGGUCCAAAGUGUAUAAAAAAGUCAAGAGUGUCGUCGUUCAUUUGGAUGAUUUAAUUGCUCAGAUUCUUAAAGACUAUCGAUAUUAUCAACAUGUAUCAAUCAAUGUUUACCGUGCAAGUGAAGAGAAAUCACAUACAAAUUUACAAGAAAAUGCAUCGUUUAUUUGGCUACAAUUAUUCAUUGACAUAGUUAUUCGUUUGCGGUCAAAAGAUGUAUCGAACGGCAAAGAUGAAUUAGCCGCCUAUCUUCGUGAAAAAUAUUGUCAUACUCAAUCACAAAUUGAUCGACUUGAUGAGUUUCAGCAAAAAUACACACCAGAGCAUAGUAUUCAAUGGUAUACAAAAGAUGGAUGUAUUUGUUUUACAUUGAAUAAAGCGUUACGCACUGCAGAUUGGGAAACAUUAAUUAAAUAUCGAUUUUUCAUACAAAAUUUAUAUAGACAAUUGCAACAUGAACAAAGCAUUCAGAAAUCUUCUUCUAUUUCUCCAAUAAUUCAUGUAUAUCGUGGAUAA